AUGAUAGAUAUCCCUGGAACACCAGGGACUUUGACUGGUCUGCUCUUGAGAAUCUCGCAGUGUGUUUUCGCUGCUGGCUCCAUUUCUUACAUGGUUACUUCCGGUGGAUUCUUCAGCUUCACUGCCUUCUGCUACCUAAUAGCAGCAAUGGGGUUGCAGCUCCUAUGGAGUUUCGGUCUAGCGAUACUAGACACCUUCGCGGUAGUGAGAAAGAAGACGCUUCUUAGCCCGGUUUUAGUCAGUCUCUUUGUAGUGGGAGAUUGGGUAACGGCGACAUUAUCUCUGGCCGGAGCUUCUUCCUCGGCGGGGAUAAUGGUUUUAUACUUUGGAGAUUUAGGAAACUGCAGUUUUGAAGCACAAUGUUGGAGAUAUCAACUCUCUGUUGCUUUAGCUUUCCUUUGUUGGAUCACAAUCGCCAUUUCUUCACUUACCACACUUUGGUUACUUGCUUCUGGCUAA